CUUUCGACAACCAUCCCCCAUCCAGCCAAUUUAUCCAUCAGUUCGUUCACCGUCCUCGAACAUAAUCCGACAAGAUGGGUAAGGGACAGCCCCGUGGUUUGAACGCCGCCCGCAAGCUCGCGACCACCCGUCGUGAGAACCGCUGGGCCGAUCUGCACUACAAGAAGCGCCUCCUCGGUACUGCCUACAAGUCCUCUCCCUUCGGAGGUGCCUCCCACGCCAAGGGUAUCGUCCUCGAGAAGGUCGGUGUUGAGGCCAAGCAGCCCAACUCUGCCAUUCGCAAGUGUGUCAAGGUUCAGCUCAUCAAGAACGGCAAGAAGGUUACCGCUUUCGUCCCCAACGACGGUUGCUUGAACUUCAUCGAUGAGAACGACGAGGUCCUCCUCGCCGGUUUCGGUCGUAAGGGCAAGGCCAAGGGUGAUAUUCCCGGUGUCCGUUUCAAGGUCGUCAAGGUCUCCGGUGUCGGUCUGGCCGCUCUCUGGAAGGAGAAGAAGGAGAAGCCCCGCUCUUAAAGAACCCAACCCAGCGGAAAUGAUGAUAUUCGGGACAGGGGGCCCAUUCCAUGGAAGCUCGGGAGGCACAGUCUAUGGUCUGGAAUUGAUGGUUCAGGACGGAUGACCCUGCAAAUACCCUUGCAGCUACUACGAUUGAUAUAUCCAUAAAAGAUGGCGCCAUGAUUUAUUUCUUUG